GCUACAUGUUCAAACUUUUUAAGUAUUAUUUUUCGAUGGUAUUCAACUUCGAACCAACCAAUGUGAGAUGGUCAACCAAGGGAUUGCCUCCCUGUCAGCCAGACCCAGUCUCCGGAAAAAGCAUCUCCCACAUUCACAAUGGCUGUUUCUUUGAGCCUCUUCUCUUUGAAAUUCCUUGCCAUUAAUCAAACACAGCCUCCUCAACGUCCCUGAAAUGAAAUGUCUUUCUUCCCCAGGAGGCCUCAAUGACCUUUUGAACACGGAUUGAAACGCAUUAAAGAGCUUCAGACAUAGCUCUCCACAAGAGUUCUGCAUUCCAACCAAGAUGCGUUUCGCAGCUCUCUUCUCCAUAUCCGCGUUCUUCCUGGUUUCUCGCUCUUCUUUGAUUCUUGCUCAGCAGCCUUACAUAAGAAAGGCUAACACAAAUUGCAGAAACACAGAUAACUCAACUUCCGUUCUGGGCUACAGCUGCAUCGGGGUUAACUCAAGCUGCCAAGCAUACCUGAUUUUCAGGUCUCAGCCCCAACACGACUCUGUUUCCUCCAUCUCCGAUCUCUUUGCUUCGGAUCCAUCUCAGCUUUCCCAAAUAAACGAUGUUUCUGUGACUGCAUCAUUCGAAAUUAACAACGAGGUCAUUGUUCCAGUCAACUGCUCCUGUUCGGGUAAGCAUUCUCAGGCAAACACAUCUUAUGUCAUUGAGCAGAAUGAUACUUACUUCUUGAUUGCAAACGACACCUUUCAAGGCCUUUCAACCUGCCAAGCUCUCGAGGAUCAAAAUAGUUAUGCUCCUACCAAUUUAUCCGUUGGCCUGAGAAUUAAUGUUCCUCUUAGAUGUGCUUGUCCCACAAAGACCCAAAGUGAUGCCGGAGUGAAGAAUCUAUUGAGUUACAUAGUCGCUGAGGGUGAUUAUGUUUCAUCCAUAAGUGAGAGAUAUAGUGUCCAAACAGGGAGCGUUUUGAAAGCUAAUGGGCUCUCAGAACAAGACAACACUAUUUUUCCUUUCACCACCCUUCUAAUUCCUCUGCAAAAUCCACCCUCUAGAUCUCAAACCAUAACGCCACCACCCCCUCCAUCAUCCCUUCCUCCACCUCCUCCUCCACCUUCAAAUGGAAGCUCAAAGAAAACAUGGGUUUACAUCAUUGCCGGCAUUGUACCAGGAAUAGCUCUUGUGCUGGCCAUUAGUGCUGCUGCUUAUUAUGCAUUAUUUCGUAGGAGAACUGAUCAAACUGUUUGCUCAGAAAGCUUCGAGUCUUGCAAGAAACCAAGUAAGAAGUUAGAUGAGGACUCCCAUCAAUUCUUAGCGAGCAUGUCUUCUAUGGCCCAAUCCCUGAAAGUGUACAGUUUUGGGGAGUUGCAAUCUGCAACAGAGAAUUUUAGCCCCAAAUGUUUGAUUAAGGGAUCUGUAUAUCGUGGCAGGUUUAAUGGGGAUUGGGCCGCUAUAAAGAAGAUGAACAGGGAUGUGUCAAAGGAAAUAAGUUUAUUGAACAAGAUCAAUCAUUUUAAUCUUAUUUGCCUGUCAGGCAUCAGUUUCAAUGAUGGACAGUGGUAUCUUGUUUAUGAGUAUGCUGCAAAUGGACCCUUGAGUGAUUGGCUAUAUUGCAGCAACAGCAACAGGGAUCAAAAGUCUCUGAAUUGGACACAGAGGAUACAUAUUGCUUUGGAUGUGUCAACAGGGCUUAAUUAUCUCCAUUGCCACACAAUCCCUCCCCAUGUCCACAUGGAUUUAAAGACCAACAAUAUUCUGCUUGACAGUGAGUUCAGGGCUAAGAUUGCAAGCUUUAGUUCAACAAGAUCAGCUGAAGGGCAGGAUGGUCAAUUUGCAUUAACGAGACAUAUUGUCGGGACAAAAGGUUACAUGGCACCUGAGUAUUUGGAGCAUGGUUUGGUAUCCCCAAAGCUUGAUACUUACGCAUUUGGGUUUCUCAUGCUGGAGCUACUUACAGGAAAAGAAGCUGCUAGCUUUUCUGGAGGAGAGAUAUCCAAAGUCCUAUCUGCUGCGCUUCAUGAGGAAGAUGAAAAGCAGAAAUUGGAGGACUUUAUAGACCCCGCUUUGGAAGGAACAUAUCCUUCAGAGCUUGCUAGAUUCAUGAUCAGGUUGAUUGAUAGUUGCUUAAAGACAGAUCCAGCAGGCCGCCCAGGGAUGGGUGAGAUUGUGCAAUCCCUCUCAGGAAUUUUGACAACAUCCAUGACCUGGGAAAUGUCCAGCAACUUCUCAGGGAACCAUAGUUUCAGCAGGAGCUCUUGAUGGCACUUGUAGAGGAAUAAAACUUUCAAGACAUUAAAUAGGUUUUUCACUUACAUCUCCUCACCUUCCACCCACAUUUGCCUUUUUUUCACCCCAGUUUUAUGAUUGUAUGAUUUGUCAUAUGUGAUUAAAUAAAACCUCAUUUAACCAUUUUAAAA